CGCGCUUUUACGUGAGUGAAAUGGGUGUGUGGAGGACUCUGCCUCCGUGCAUGCGUUUGGCUUCGCUCUUUUUCUUCAUGCAUUUUGAAAGUGUGUCAACGUUCGAGCUUACAUUGCUACACACCAACGAUGCUCACGCUCGGAUAGAGGAGAUUAGUAGAGAGUCGGGGAAAUGUAGCCCAGGUAGUCCUUGUUUUGGCGGAGUGGCCAGGAGGUUCACUACAAUAGCAGACAUCCGGAGCAAGGAACGGAAUGUGUUAUUGCUUGAUGCUGGCGAUCAGUUUCAGGGUACUGUCUGGUUCAACUACUACAAAGGGGAAGAAGCUGCAUAUUUCAUGAACAAGCUUGGAUAUGAUGCGAUGGUAAGACAUUUCCAUGAACCUUGAUGACAUAGUGAAUUAGGUAUUGUACAUUUUAUCACACUUUAUCUCUCUCAGUAUCUCUCACACACACGCACACGCGCACACACAUACACGCGCACGCACACACACGCUCAUGCACGCGCGUACAAGCACACGCACACACACACAGACAAAGAGCAUGAUCUGAUAUAAUAAUUCACAUAAUCAUGUAGUGAGACAGAUCAUAGUUAUCUUUCCAUGGCUUUCAGGCAUUUGGAAACCAUGAGUUUGACAAUGGAGUGGAGGGCCUGCUCCGCCCUUUUCUGCAGAAGGUGAACUUCACUGUUCUCAGUGCCAACAUCAAGGCAGAUGCAACACUCGCCCCAACUAUCAGUGGCUACUAUCAACCCUACACAACAUUCACGAUGGGCCCUGAAAUAGUGGCUGUGGUAGGUUACACCUCAGCGGAAACUCCAGUCUUAUCCUUACCAGGUAAAAUAGAUUGUUUGAUUGAUGGAUCAUUUGAUGGGUUGCUCGCUUACUAACUAGCUUAUUCAAGGAAUUUCAGAUCAAGUCACUCAGUUGUGUGACUGACAUUAAACUUUUCUAUUGUGUACACCCCAGGUCCACACUUGAUCUUUGAGGAUGAGAUCAAAGCCUUGCAGGUCCAGGUGGAUAAACUGAUCACUCUUGGUUACAAUAAGAUCAUCGCCCUUGGUCACUCUGGAUUUGACGUGGAUAUAGACAUCGCCAAGCGAGUGAGAGGGGUGGACCUGGUCAUUGGAGGACACACCAAUACGUUCCUCUACACGGGUGCCCAAUUAUUCAACUGUUACAUUGUCAUAGCUCUGUGAUUUACAGCUCUAGAUCAUAAAGAAAGUUGAACUAUUUGGAUGUGUAAACAGGGUCAAUGUUCACCAUGUCAGCCUUUCAUAAGUACCCUCUUGGGUUUUAUCAUAUCAGUGACAUUUUUGUGAGUUUCUUGUUCAGCAAGAAAAUAUGUUAUUGGCAUAAUUUGAAUGAAGCACACACUGUCAAGUGUCAAAGUAGUUUGUCAAUGUUAAGACACAAUGAUAGAGUUCAAAUGGGAAAUAGUGAAGUGGGAAGAAGAUAAGAGCCCUGUUUGUUGUUGUAGGGAGUGUCCCAUCUUCAGAGGUGCCGACGGGUCCCUAUCCCUUCAUGGUGAGGUCUGAGGACGGUAGAGAUGUCCCUGUGGUACAAGCCUUUGCCUUUGGGAAGUACCUGGGAUACCUGAAGGUGGUCUUCGAUAAAGCUGGGAACGUGGUGAAGGCGACUGGAAACCCCAUCCUGCUGGACAGCAGCGUAGCCCAGGGUAAACUACUGGAAGAGUCUUGACUAUCUGGAUCUGACUGAUAACAAUAGACAUCAAUAUGCGCUAGCCAACACAGCGGUUGUUUUGGCGGUGUCUGAAGUGGAACUGCGUUAGAGCUGUCAAACCAGAAGCAGCUCAUUGCGUUACCUUAUCGCGGACACUGCCAUUGGAUGCAACAAAACCACAUGCGACUUUAUAUCCGACAAAUCCCAUGCAGCCGCGUUACAAGUUCAAACACUCGAAUGCGUGAUGUACUAUUGUCAACACAUCGAUUUGACCUAAUUUAUAUCAUCGCUUGAGCCUACACUUUCUAUCGCCGGUCUGAACUUCUAACACAGAAGGGAUAAUAGGAAGAGAGUGUUUUUUGACAUACAAGAGCAGCCGCUCACCGAUUUGUCAGCUCAUACCGCAGUUACAUCUCCAACACCGCCAAAACAUCCACUGUUUGCAUCGAGGCCUAACUGCAGUCAUUGCUUUCCUUUUUCUUUUGUUGAACAUUCAUUCAAAGCCAUGUUUUCACACAAAACAACAUGACUCCUAUCUCUUUCUCUCAGACCCAGGUAUCCUUGCUGACGUUGAGGACUGGAAGAAGAACUUGGCCAAGUACUCGUCUCAGUACGUGGGGAAAACCCUGGUGUAUCUCAAUGGAACCUUUAAGGAGUGUCGGUUCCGAGAGUGCAACCUGGGGAACCUCAUCUGUGACGCAAUGGUGAGUAAGUGGCAGAUGCUUUCAUCAUGGUGAAUAUCAUUCUCAGCCCAGGUGGAAGUAUCUCAGUCUUCAUGAGGGGCUGUCCAGUACAGGUGGACUUAUCCCAGAUUGAGGGCUUUCCCCUAUGCUGAAAAGUGUGUGACCAUUGUGUUUCCACUGACUCUUCUAGAUUCAUCACAAUAUCAAGUAUGCAGAUGAGAUCCAGUGGAAUCACGUCAGUUUAUGCAUCCUGAAUAGUGGAGGCAUAAGGACAGGGAUAGAUGAACGUCACAACAAUGGUAUGUUAACUCAUAAUGGGUUCAUAAAGUGUUUGAAAGUACUGCCGACUCAUUUAAGAACUCCUUAUACUACUAACUAAACAGUUACUUUAAAGUGGAAAAAAGCAGCCACUUUACAGCGAUGCCAUUCAUGACUUCGGAAAUGAAGGGUCUCACUUCUACAGUGUGAGGCUGUCCUAAUAUGGACACCAUACAUUUAUUCUACAUUGUUUUCUCAAGGCACCAUCACCAUGGAGGAAGUUCUAUCAGUCUUACCAUUUGGGGGCACUUUUGAUCUGGUGCAGUUGAAGGGAUCAACGUUGAAAAAGGCCUUUGAAAACUCUGUCCGAAGAUACGGGAGCAGCAGAGGAGAAUUUCUUCAAGUUUCAGGUACCAAGUGAUUAUUUUGGGCAAUGUAGUUGAAAAUCUAAUUGGAGGAUAUACUGUACAUUAUAUUUCUCUUUUACAUCCCUUUGACAGAAACGCCACUCCUGUAAUACAUUCACUAUGGUCUUUAUAGAUUUUACUUAUUUCCUUCCUGUACUUUUUGUAUGCAGUGUAUUGACCAACAAAUUGUAUUUUUGGAUCCCACUGCUGCCACCAAAAGAUUGAUACUGAAUCCCUUUGUGGCUGCUUCAACUUCCCAGGAAUCCAUGUUGAAUACGACCUGUCACGGCCGGUGGGGGAGCGUGUGACGUCCUUGAGCCUCCGCUGCUCUCAGUGCCGUGUGCCCAGAUACGAAUCCCUGGAUCCAGACAGGCUGUACAAGCUGGUCCUACCAUCCUACAUCGCAGACGGAGGAGAUGGUUUUACCAUGAUCAAGGAGGAGAAACUGAAACAUGACACUGGUGAGCCAUUGGGCAGGUUGGGAUGGUUGAAGUGAGGUUUGAACAGAACAGGGGCCUGUUCAGGUAGGUGCAAAGAUACGGAACUUUCACAUAGAAAUGACUGUCUGUCAUGGAGGAUAGGAAAUUAUAAAACUGGUUGUUUGGAUCCUAGAUGCUGAUUGGACAAGCAGCGAUCCAAGCCCUGCUGUAUUGGUUUUCACAGGCACACUAUGCUUGCUAACAGUUCCAUCUGAAAAUGAUCACUGUGCCUCAUAAGAAUAUCAUGUUCAUGUUGCUGUCGAAAGAUCUCUUGUAUUUAUCUCAACUCGCACAUUAUUUCCCUUUGCUUCCAGCCUAGCAUUUAGUUUGGUACAGCGGGGGUUAAUAUAAGCCUCACUGUCUGCCUGUCCGACCUCAAAAACAAUAUUUCACUUUUGAAUUUCGAUCUCUGUACUAUACAUCAUGGAGAGUGAACAGUGCCCAAACGAGACAACUUUUUCUGAGCCAGUCGAAAUUACGCAUCAACGUCAUUAUCAUGGACAUAUCCAAGGAAAUGCCAAUAGAAAAAAAUCUCUAACAAACAAACAUGCAGCUAGUGUACUGUUAUUCCAGGUUCAAUGUUUGACAUGACUGAGUUAGCUGAAGUUGGCUAUCCAGCAUGCAUAGCAAAUCAAAUCAAAUUGUAUUUAUUACAUGCGCCGAAUACAACUGGUGUAGACUUUACAGUGAAAUGCUUGCUUAUGAACCUUUCCCAACGAUGCAGAGUUUAAAUUUUUUUUGUAACUAACACAAGAGGAAUCAAAUAAAAUACACAAGAAUGGAGCUCUAUACAGGGAGUACCAGUACCAGAUCAAUGUGCAGCGGUACGAGGUACUUGAGGUAGAUAUGUACAUGAAGGCAGGGUAAAGUGACUAGGCAUCAGGACAGAUAAUAAUAAGAGUAAAAUAAAGAACAGAGUAGCAGCAGCAAAUGAUGAUUGUAAAAGUGUGUGAGUGUGUCUAUGUAUGUAUGUUUGUUUGUGUUGUGUCGGUAAGCGUGUGUGUUGUGUGUGUGUGUGCGUCCAUAGUGCUUGAAUGUGUGAGGGAUUUGUGUGGGAGUGACAGUGUAGAGUGUGUGUGAGUGAGUGUGUAUAUGGUGUGUGUAUAUAAAGUCUACUAAGUGUGCGUAGGGUCAGUGCAAGAUAGAGUCAGUGCAGAUAGUUUGGGUACCCUUAAUUGACUAUUUAGCAGUCUGGCUAUUCAGCAAUCUUAUGGCUUGGGGGUAGAAGCCAUCACGGAGCCUGUUGGUCCGAGAGCCGAUGCUCUGGUACCGUUUGCUGGAUGUUAGCAGAGUGAACAGUCUAUGGCUUGGGUGGCUGGAGUCUUUGGCAAUGUUUCGGGCCUUCCUCUGACACCACCUGGUAUAGAGUUCCUGGAUGAAGGGGAGCUUGGCCCCAGUGAUGUACUGGGCUGUCCACACCACUCUGUAGCGCUUUGCGGUCAAGGGCGGUGCAAUUGCCAUAUCAAGCGGUGAUGCAGCCAGUGAAGAUGCUCUCGAUGAUGUAGCUGUAGAACUUUUUGAGAAUCUGAGGGCCCAUGCCAAAUAUUUUCUGCCUCCUGAGGGGGAAGAGGCGCUGCUGUGCCCUCUUCACGACUGUGCGGGUGUGUGUGGACCAUGUUAAGUCCUUAGUGAUGUGGAUGCGAAGGAACUUAAAGCUCUCAACCCACUUGACAAUAACCCCGUCGAUGUGGAUUGGUUGGGAUACGUUCUUAUAGUCACUGUGGGGAGAACAUCGUCAGUGCACAUCGUAAACUCCUCAAAUGUAUCUGCUGAAUCCCGGAACAUAUCCCAGUCUGUGCUAGCAAAACAGUCUUGUAGCCUUGUGUCUGUUUCGUCCGACCACUUCUGUAUUGAGUGCAUCACUGGUGCUUCCUGUCUGAGCUUUUCUUUGUAAACAGAAGGCAGGAUAAUGGAGUCAUGGUCAGAUUAGCUGAUUAAAGGAUGAGGGAGGGCCUUGUAUGUGUUUCUGUGGGUAGAAUAAAAGUGGUCUAGAGUUUUAGCGCGCUAGUGGUGUAGGAGACUUGUUGGUAGAAGUGAGGUAGAACGGUUUUAAGUCUCCCCACAUUAAAUUAGUGUUGGCCUGUGGAGGAAUGUAAACAGCCGUGAUAAUUACGGAUGAGAACUCUCUGAGGUAUUCUAUAUUAGGUCCAGAUUUCCUUCACACUUGAAGCAGCACACCAGUUGUUAUUUAUGAAAAAACACACCGCCUCCUUUCAUUUUCCCUGAAGCCGCCGUCCGAUCCUGCCGCUGCAUGGGGAAUCCACCGAGUACUACGUGCAUAGUGUUAUCUUCCAGCCACGUUUCAGUAAGACAUAAUAUUAUUAUUAUUAGUAGUAAUUUUUUUGUCAUUUAGCAGACGCUCUUAUCCAGAGCGACUUACAAUUAGUGAGUGCAUACAUUUUUCAUACAUUUUUCAUAUUUUGCAGCUUUUCAAGUCUCUAUGAUAGGAGACUCUCGAACGAAGCUCAUCCAUCUUAUUCUCGAGUGACUGGACAUUUGCCAAUAGAAAGAAGGGGAGCGCCGUUCGGUUUUCUCUUCGCUAAAAUUCACUAGGACUCCACCACGUCUCCCGCUUUUACGCCUGCGGGAUUUGGGUAGCCCAUGUAACAAAGGAAUAGGGUCCGGUAUGAACAGUGGAACAGCUGAGUCUAAGUUUAAGUAGUAUUUCGCUACAGAAGCAUUUUGCUACACCCGCAAUAACAUCUACUAAAUAUGUGUAUGUGACCAAUAAAAUGUGAUUUGAUUUGAAGUCGAAAUCAAGGUUGGUAACUGUCAACCUGAUGUCUAGAAGUGCUUGACGGUCAUAUGUGAUAAUAAUAUGAACUUUAUAUACAAAAAAAGUCAAGAUAAGAAACCAUUUUGUUUAGAACAGACGACCAGUCAUUUGCAUAUCAACUAUGCAAAAAUAAUUAACGACUGGGUCGUGUCUGUAGCAACAUGACCAAAAGAACUAACAAUCAGAUUUUUGUCCAGACUAUAUCUUCUGGUGGAACCCUAACAACGCCAUUUACCUGUGACUGCAUUCAUGAUACAGCACUGCCUGGUGUGCCUUAUUGCUUAAUUAUGUGAGCUCUAAUCAUUACAUUACACCUCACUGAAUAUACUCGAGAAACAAAAUUGUAUACAGUGCAUUCGGAAAGUAUUCAGACCCCCUGACUAUUUCCACAUUUUGUUACGUUACAGCCUUAUUCUAAAAUGAAUUGUUUUAUCAAUCUAGACACAAUACCCCAUAAUGACAAAGCAAAAACUGGUUCUUAGAAAUGUUUGCUAAUUUUUUUUUUUUUUUUUUAAGGAAAUACCUUAUUUACGUAAGUAUUCAGACCAUUUGCUAUGAGACUCGAAAUUGAGCUCAGGUGCAUCCUGUUUCCAUUGAUCAUCCUUGAGAUGUUUCUACAACUUGAUUGGAGUCUACCUGUGGUCAAUUCAACUGAUUGGACAUGAUUUGGAAAGGCACACACCUGUCUAUAUAAGGUCCCAGAGUUGACAGUGCAUGUCAGAGCAAAAACCAAGCCAUGAGGUCGAAGGAAUUGUCCGUAGAGCUCCGAGACAAGAUUGUGUCGAGGCACAGAUCUGGGGAAGGGUACCAAAAAAUGUCUGCAGCAUUGAAGGUCUCCAUCAAUCUUAAAUAGAAGAAGUUUGGAACCACCAAUACUCUUCCUAGAGCGGGCCGCCCGGCCAAACUGAGCAAUCGGGGGAGAAGGGCCUUGGUCAGUGAGGUACCUAAAGGACUUUCAGACCAUGAGAAACAAGAUUCUCUGGUCUGAUGAAACCAAGAUUGAACUCUUUGGGCUGAAUGCUAAGCGUCACGUCUGGAGGAAACCUGGCACCAUCCCUAUGGUGAAGCAUGGUGGUGGCAGCAUCAUGCUGUGGGGAUGUUUUUCAGCAGCAGGGACUGGGAGACUAGUCAGGAUUGAGGGAAAGAUUAACGGAGCAAAGUACAGAGAGAUCCUUCAUGAAAACCUGCUCCAGAGCGCUCAGGACCUCAGUCUGGGGCGAAGGUUCACCUUCCAACAAGACAACGACCCUAAGCACACAGCCAAGACAACGCAGGAGUGGCUUCAGGACAAGUCUCUGAAUGUCCUUGAGUGGCCCAGCCAGAGCCCGGACUUGAACCCAAUCGAACAUCUCUGGAGAGACCUGAAAAUAGCUGUGCAGCGAUGCUCCCCAUCCAACCUGACAGAACUUAAGAGGAUCUGCAGAGAAGAAUAGGAGAAACUCCCCAAAUACAGGUGUGCCAAGCUUGUAGCAUCAUACCCAAGAAGACUCAAGGCUGUAAUCGCUGCCAAAGGUGCUUCAACAAAGACUGAGUAAAUACGUAAAUACUUAUGUAAAUGUGAUAUUUCCGUUUUUUUAUUUUUAAUAAAUGUGCAACAAUUCCUAAAAACCUGUUUUUGCUUUGUCAUUAUGGUGUAUUGCGUGUAGAUUGAUGAGGGGGGGGAAAACAAGUUAAUCCAUUUUAGAAUAUGGCUGUAACGUAACAAAAUAUGGAAAAGGUCAAGGUAUCUGAAUACUUUCCGAAUGCACUGUAUGUAUGUACUGAGGCCCUGUUGGUAGUGAAAUUGAAUGGAAAAAAUAAGAAAUAACCCCUGUGCCUCAUUACAAAUGACAAAUAGGUUCAUGUAGUAACUAUUUUGGAAGACAAACAUCCAAAUGAAAAGUCCCAAAUGAGAAUACAAUUCUCUCUGUUUUCAGAAAAUGCCUUUGAGGUGUAGUAAUCUCAAUUUAAUGGGCCGUUGGACGUGGCUGUCUCAUCUUGUGAGCAUCUGUGUCAAGGUUAUGACAACACACUAGUUUAUGAGACCAUGGUGUCAUCCUCCUCGAUUUGACUAGCAAAAUCCCUAUGAGCAAAAUACUAAUUUUCUUUAUGAGCAACAAACAACCUUUAAAGUUACAUUCAGCGUUACAUUAGAAUUGUUCGCCAUUCAGUGUUACAUUAGAAAACGUUCACUUACAGGGUCUGGUGUAUGUCGGUAACAGAUGGUGUUACAAUGCAUUGUGGGUACUCUGGGUCUGUCAAACACUUCAGAGUUGUUUCCCAGUCCCAAAGCAAGUCUUUGACAGAAACAUAUUACUGUACGUACAAUCUAAACAACCUUUCCUUAAACAUUUUUCACACAUGAAAAAAUACUUCUGUAUUGGUCCUCUAAAGGCUACAACACUGCACAGAUGAAGGCAUUGGCUCUGCUGUUGUAAGACUUCAGUACUAUAUAUGACAUGACAUUACAGAGAAGAUCAAAAUGAAUGGCCUUCAAUUUACAGUAAAUAUCUGUGAAGGGACUUGUAAAUAAAGUCUCCUAGUUAUAGAAACGCUUAAGCACUUGAAGAGACCCGUUAUUGCUUCACGAGUACAGGCUUAAAAUACUUGUUGACUUUGCUUAUGGCGGCAUAUUGCACCGAAAGAUGGCAUGUCAUACAGGCUUAGAAAAUAUGCCAUUACAACGCAGUAAACAUAUUCACAGCAGGUUCAAAUGAUCUUGUUAAUGAACAUGGUUUUAGCUAAUAUUGGUUGUGGCAACCUUGAUGCCUUACCCCAAGCCAUACAGUGAGUGAAUACUGUACUGCAAGUAAAAAAAUAAAAUAAUGCUAUAACCCUGCUAUAGCAAAAGAGGAUUAAAGUAAUAUUUUCUAUACUCUCGCCUAUAGGUAAUCUGGACAUCUCGGUUUUCUCCAACUACAUCAAGGAGAUGAAGCGGGUGUACCCAACCGUGGAGGGCCGCAUCAAGUUCAUUAACUCAGCCGUGGCGGCUGGGGCCAACUGUCUGACUUUGUUACUGCUAGGCCUGCUGUGGGCCCUGUCCACAAGCCUAUGAGAGACGCUUUCCAGAAGAUCACAAUAUUGCAGCUUUCUGUGGUGAUGUGUCAUAUUUCUCAAACGGCUGCUGUUUAUGAGAAAGAGAAGUAUACUAUAUCAAGAAAUAAUGUAUUUAUAUUUGCAUUACUAUAUAUUUUACUAUAUGCAGGUAAGUGGCACGAAAAGUGCCAAUUACUUUGUUAUGUCACUUUUAUAGAGCCAUGUAUAUUUGUAUUUUAUUGUUGUUGCAAUCUAGUCAUAUUGAUUGACAUGUUUGUGAAAGUUCAUGAAAGUGAAAUAUUUCUGGUUAAAACCUUUUGAUACGCUCAGAACAUUCAAAGAUUUAGUAGAUUAAGAACUGGUACAUGUCAAAUGUGUCUUUUGCAUGCAUACAUCACAGUGCCUUCAGAAAGCAUUCACACCCCUUGACUUUUUCCACA